UGUGACAACCAGAAACAAGUCCAGGAGCUCCCACUAUUCAAUUUUGAGAUGCUGGUGAACGCAACAAGCAACUUUCAUCUAUCUAACAAGCUUGGUCAAGGUGGAUUUGGUCCCGUAUACAGGGGAAAAAUGUCAGAUAGACAAGAAAUUGCAGUAAAAAGACUUUCCAGAACCUCUGCACAGGGGUUAGAAGAAUUUAUGAAUGAGGUGGUGGUAAUUUCUAAACUCCAACACCGGAAUCUUGUUAGGCUCCUUGGCUGCUGUGUUGAAGGAGAAGAGAGGAUGUUGUUAUAUGAAUACAUGCCAAACAAAAGUCUGGAUGCAUUUCUCUUCGAUCCACACAAAGAAAGACUGCUAGAUUGGAAAAAACGCUUCAACAUUAUUGAAGGAAUUGGCCGAGGUCUACUCUACCUUCAUAGGGAUUCUAGAUUACGGAUUAUUCAUAGAGAUCUAAAGGCAAGUAACAUAUUGUUAGAUAAAGAGCUAAAUCCAAAAAUAUCAGAUUUUGGUAUGGCCAGGAUUUUUGGAAGUAAUGAAGACCAAGCCAAUACUAAUAGGGUCGUCGGAACUUAUGGCUAUAUGUCUCCUGAAUAUGCAAUGGAAGGCCGAUUUUCAGAGAAAUCAGAUGUCUUUAGCUUUGGAGUGUUGUUACUAGAGAUAGUUAGUGGAAGAAGAAACAGUAGCUUUUAUAAUGAUGAGCAGUCCCAAAGCCUUUUAGGACUUGCAUGGAAAUUGUGGAACACAAACAACGCUAUAGCAUUAAUAGACGUGAUGAUAUAUGAGCCCUGCUUUGAAAUAGAGAUUUUAAGAUGCAUACAAGUUGGACUGUUGUGUGUGCAAGAAUUUGCUCAAGAUCGGCCAACAGUAUCUGAUGUUGUUUCCAUGCUUAAAAGUGAGAUUGUUCAUCCGCCUCUUCCAAUGAAACCAGCCUUCAUUGAAAGGCAGAUUGCAUCAGAUACAGAUUCCUCUCAACGCAGCCAAACAGAAUGCUCUGUUAACAAUGUUACUGUUACAAUGGUUCAAGGUCGAUAGUUGGCAUGUGUUAUUGACAUAGUCAUGUUCUGGUUAUUUAUUCAUUUUGAACACUUUCAGAAGAAUCUUAAAACUUUUGUUUGUAUUCAACGAACUGAUCGAAUGUAUAUUCAAAACCAUUGGUACAAAUAAUAGACA